AUGGAAGGGCACUGCUUGGUGAUAUCUGGUAAGUGGUUGUGUUCUGGGGACCGUAAGUGGGAGUUUGUGAUAGAUAAGAACUAUAUGUCAAGGGUGGUGGUCUUCCGAGAGGGUAUGUCUAUUGAGGAGCUGAAAGAGAAUGUAGUGACGGAGUUCUUUGGGAACAGGGGUUUUGGGAGGAGUUUGGCUCUUAGUUACUGGCCUCCGAACAGUUCGGAGCUGGCUACCGGUAUAACGACGCCUCCAGUAAUGGUUAACAGCACAGCGGCAAUAGUGUAUUUCUGCAAACACUGCCGUGUGAAAGAGGGGCUUAAUUUGUUUGUGCAUUUUGGUACAGGGGCUCCGGAGGAGAAAUGGCGUAGUAGUGUAGCUGGUGGAGAAGGCACUCCUGCGAAAGAUGGCGUUGGUGCCUCUGCCUAUGGUGGGUAUGGAUCAUCUGCUGGGUCAAAAAUGUGUCCAUUGGAUGUGGAUGAUGAAGAGAUUCUUAGUCAUGUGGAGAUGACGGAGGAGCGGCUGAGAAGGGCCCGUUCAGAGAUGGAGGACGGUGACUGUACUACGCGGAAGUACGAAUCUGAGUCCGACGAAAGCGGCAAAACUUUUGACGAGAACAUAAACGUGCAACCGAUGGGGUAUGAUAACGAAUUCUGGGAGCCGCUACUCGAGGAUCCAAUUGGGGGGUCCAACACUGUUGAGUUUAUGUGUCCCCCAGCGGCUGGGAAUGGAGGGGUAGCAGCAGGACGGCCGGACGUGAUUUUCUGUUCAACUGGGAGCGCGUUUGACCACGGUGUCUUAACCGGAGAAGGCCCCUUCGAUGAGGCGGCUUGGAAAACUGAGGGGGGCGUAGAUGGGGGAAGCAGUACCGAUAGUUUUGGUGGGCUAUCUAUGGAUGGUUGCUCAGUGGACAGCAACAAGCGGGCGCGAGGGGAUGGUGAGGGUUGUAGUGGCGUGGGAGUGGAGAGUGGGGUAGGCGUCGUUUCCAAUGGUGUGCCGAGUAGUUUUCGUAGGCGAGUCGGUGGUGGACUAAGUUUACUUGUUCUCGCCCCACCGGAUACGAGGAGGAAAGCUGGUAGGAGGAAGGAGUCGCGGUAUCAAUCAGUUGGAGAAAUACCGGUAACUAGGGUUAAGAAAGAGACACCUAACAAGUGCGGGAGAUGUGGACAGCCCGGUCACAACAGGACUAGUUGUUCACAACCGAAAUGA